AUGGAGAAGAUCGUGGAAGUGGCGGAGCAGGAGGUUCUCAUAGACUUCCAGCUGGGGGUCAAGUGCCGAGCCACCGUGCACAUAAAGUCCCUCCAUCCCAACGCGCAGGUCGCCUUCAAGGUCCAGACCUCCUCCCCGCACAAGUUCCUCGUCAACCCCCCCAACGGGCUACUGGCGCCCCUCGCCGCUGCGUCCUUCCAGGUCAUCCUCAAGCCCCAGUCGCAGCUCCCUUCUCCCUUCCCCCGGCCCGGCUCCGACCGCUUCCUCGUCAAGGCGGCUGCCGUCGAAGAAGAAGAAGAGCUCGCCGGCAGCUCCGACUCCAUUAAUGCCUGGUUCGUCGCGAGGCCCCACCUCGUCACCCACGACACGAGACUGAAGGUUACAUACGGGGGGGUCUUCCUCCUCCGGCAAGCCGUCUCGGAUGGGGAUGCUGACGCUGUCAGGCAUAUCGUCCGCCGCCAGAAGUCUCUCGUCGCCGAGCUCGGAUCCGCGGACUCGGCGAGUCUCUUCCGGUCCGCCUCGACGUGCGUCGAUCAGGCCGUGCUCGAGUUACUCGUGGAGGGGGGGUUGAAGCCCCCCAAACUAAAAUCAUCGGGGUUGAUCUCCUCCACACAGCCGCCGCCGCCCGUGACGAACACCGCCCAGAAAGUAAGCGGUAAAGCAGCGACGGCAGUGGCGGCGUCCUCGUCCAAAGGGUGGACGCCCGCUCACUCCGCCGCGGCUUCCGGCAGCCACGACGCGCUCGUCCGGCUGAUCGAAGAGGCGGGCAUCGCUGAACUGGAUCGGAGGGAUGGAGACGGGCGGACGCCGUUGCACUUGGCUACCAGCAAGGGAUACAUCAAGUGCGUCAGGACACUACUCGAGCGGGGCGUCGACAAGAACGCGCAGAGCAACGACGGCAGGACGGCGCUGCAUCGGGCCGCCGCCGGUGGCGACCACGAAAUGGUGGCGCUGCUGCUCCACAUGGGGGCGGACCCUUCCCUUGUCACCAACAGGGGUCGCUCUGCUCUCGACGUGGCUCGUGAUAAGGGGCAUGUAAGUCAUCCAACGAAACCCCAUGCUUCCCCCCUCCUCUCUCUCUCACUCUCUCUCUGGAAGUAAACAAUUGGCGAAGAUCGAGUCUUGCCAGAAGCCUAGGUUAACUCUAUACAGGCGAAGCGAAAGCGACGGUACGGCGCUCGGGGACACGAGCCCGUGAGCGCCGGUGCCCGCCUUCCGAUGCUUCCAACCUACAGCCACCGUCGGCCGUCACCGGUUGACCUCAGUCAGCAGUAACCUCGGGGAAGCUCGUCUCCAACGGCAACAAUGAGUACCACUGCUAAUGGGAAUGAACAACAGUUGAUAGUACUAACAAAACGGUGAGAGGCGUCUUAAACACGGGGAGGUACACCUCUAUAACGUUAUCGACGCUAGAGAGAGAGGCAUACGCCCCCCCCCUCUCUCUCUCUCUCUCUCUCUCUCUCUCUCCCUCCAGUCCUCCCUCGCUCUCAGCACGUAGCUGGGGCUAUUACCUAAGCCCCAAGAAGGAUGUUACUUUCAGUCCAUCUUUGAUAAAAUAUCGUGCAGAAGACGGCUACGACGCUAUAGUUUAUGCCCAUAAUAUGGUGAUCUUUUAGACCCUACCGAAUUUCUUUCCAUGUUUCUAUUGAAGAAAGGAGGCAAUGUGUUCGGGGUUGUUGCUUCUCUUCCUUGCCCGCUGGAAGUGGACCGACUCUGGCCGUCGCCCUUAAGGGCUCACCAUCCCUGCCGCAUGAACUCCGAGCGGAUCUCCGAGAAUGACUGAGGAAUAUGACAUCUUCUUCUUCUUCUGCAGCGAGAGGUAGUGGAAGUGCUCGAGCGGGGAGAGAUGGUGCUGACGGCAGCGAGGAGAGGAGAUCUCCGCCGCCUGGAGUCGCUGCUGAGGAAGGGCGUGGGCGCCAAUGGGUGCGAUCAGUACGGCAUGACGGGCCUCCACUCGGCCGCUGUGAAGGGCCACCGCGACGUCGUGCGCCUGCUGGUGGAGUUCGGGGCGGAGCUCGAGGGCCAGGACGUGGAGGGCCACACUCCACUGCACCUGGCGGUGGAGGGCGGGUGUCUGGACACUGUGGCGGCGCUGCUCGACCUGGGGGCGAACGUGAACGCCAAGAGCCGCAGGGGGGCGACGCCCCUCUAUAUGGCCAAGUCCAUGGGGUACGAUGCUGUCUCCCAGCUCCUCCUCAGCAGAGGCGCCGCCUCUUCCAGCGCCGCCUCCUCGUCUUCAUCCCUCUCUCCAAUAUCUCACCAUUGA